GUCAUGAUCGGACCAGAAGAAGGGAGAGACAUGGAUUAGGAAAAAUGUAGAAGUCUAUUCUUAAUUACAAACCAAAACAUUAAGAAAGAUGGCGAAAAUGGCGAGUGCCCUGAGUUCUAAGACGUCCGAAUUUACGGUAGGUCAGAAUAAAUACCGUCUGGUCAGGAAAAUCGGAAGUGGAUCAUUCGGGGAUAUAUAUCUUGCCAUUCACCAAUCAAACGGAGAGGAGGUUGCUGUCAAAUUGGAAUCGACGAAAGCUAAACACCCACAGUUGUUGUACGAAAGUAAACUGUAUAAAAUUUUACAAGGUGGUGUGGGAAUUCCUCAUAUAAGAUGGUGGGGAUCAGAGCAAAAUUACAAUAUACUAAUAAUGGACCUGCUAGGGCCAAGUCUGGAGGACCUUUUUAAUUUCUGCUCUCGGAAAUUUAGUAUGAAGACAGUUCUGAUGCUAGCAGACCAGAUGAUAAACAGGAUUGAGUUUGUCCACAAUAAAAACUUCAUACACAGGGACAUCAAACCAGAUAACUUUCUGAUGGGUAUAGGCCGUCACUGUAAUAAGGUGUUUCUAAUAGACUUCGGUUUGGCAAAGAAAUAUCGUGACAGUCGUACCCGUCAACACAUUCCCUAUAGAGAGGACAAGAAUCUCACGGGCACAGCCCGUUAUGCUAGCAUAAAUGCACAUCUUGGCAUUGAGCAGAGUCGCCGAGACGACAUGGAAUCCCUUGGAUAUGUUCUAAUGUAUUUCAACAGGUCAAGUCUUCCUUGGCAAGGGUUAAAGGCCAACACAAAGAAACAGAAAUAUGAAAAAAUUAGUGAAAAGAAGAUGUCAACACCUGUUGAAGUUUUAUGCAAGGGUUUUCCAGCUGAAUUUGCCAUGUACCUGAACUACUGUCGAGGACUGCGGUUUGAGGAAGCUCCAGAUUACAUGUACCUGCGACAACUGUUCAGGAUUUUGUUUAGAACACUGAACUACCAGUAUGAUUAUAUAUUUGAUUGGACUUUACUAAAACAGAAGGCGGCAGCCGGAGCUGUGGCAAAUGUGGGCUCAUCUCAGCUUGCCACUGGGGUGAAGACAGGAAAGUGAAGCAGACAUGUUACACAAAGGCUGUGACUUACAACUACACAGAGACACACAAACGUGGAAAAAAAAGUUGGAAAAAACUGCCAGUGUGCAAGAUGAAAUUUGUGGAUAGUAAAGAACUGGUGAUUCACAUAAUCACUCUCGACUAGGAUUCACAGAGAUUAUGUGAAGCGAUGAUAUAUGUUUUUGUUACUUGUAAAUUUGACUCAGUUUGAUAAUUUCACACUCGCAGUACUAACAUGUGAAUAAGUGUCACAUUGUUCACUCAUGUGAAUACAGUUCACAUUUCAUAGAUUUUAUUUUCCUGAUUCACAUUUUUUCGAUUCUCAUGUCGGUAUGUGUAAAUCAGAUUCACUACAUUCAAAUCAACGUUCUAUGUGAAGCUCAUUCACAUUUGCAUGAUGUGAAUCUGAUUCAAAUCUCAUGUUACUCUUUGUGAUUAAUUCUGUGUUUACGGCUGUUACAAAUGCUGUGCAUGUGAUUCAUGUACACAUUCCACAGGUCAUCUUGUAAAGUGUUGAUGUGUGUUAUUUAAAUAGAUUGCCAAAAUAUUUUUUUUAAGUUUGAAGAAUGAUUGUACAUUGUACAUAUUUAGUUUCUCAUAAUUCAUAUUUAGUUUUCAUUUCUUAGAACAAAUUUACUAUCAGUCUUUUUCUUCAUAUUUCCUUA